UACACACGCGUCAAGGCCAACAGGUUCGUAAUUGUUGUCAAAGGUGGGAAAAGGGGUGGGUGGGGCACGCACACGCACCAGGCACACGCACCAGACACACCGGAUGCGUGCGAACGUGCACGUCUGCACGCACGCACGCACACAUUGUGAUACGUCCACAGCUACACACACGCAUGUGCAUGCAAGUCAGCCCAGCAUCAAUCAACUCCCGUCAUCGGAACCCAGAGCGACAUCAACUGCAAGCAUCAGCAACACUUGACGUCUCGGCCAAGACGAAGAACAUACACACACACACACACCCGCCCACACCGCCGUAAACAUCCACCACACGUUUCCCAACGCGAGGUCGUGUUUGGCGGCGGCGGUUCAAUUGUUUGCGGUGUGUUGUCUUUAGUGUUUUAAGGCGGUGGUUGGAUUGCCGGCUUCUUGGCAAGCACACGACCAAGCAACACCCUCCCUGAUCACGGAAACGGGGGGAGCAAGCGACAAGAGGCAGCACGCACCUCCGCGGCACCGCCACGGCACGGGGACGACGAGGGUUUUUGGGUUGCAGCAGCAGCGCGUCAAUCAGCCAACCUGCUCUGGGGGAACACGCACCACAGCAACGGCAGGGCGACGAGCGACACACGUCCAGGUGGUGGUGGAGUUGACAACAGGCCCUCAACGUGCACCGUACAACGUAACCUGGCCAUCAUCAUCAUCGACAGCAAUAUCCAUAAGCCACCAGCACCACACGCAACGCAAGCCGUGUUCGGCGAAGGGGUGCAAACGGGUGCAAGCCAUCACCACCACUUUCCAUCACGCAAGCUCCGCCACAUCAGCACAGGCUUCCCAACAUCUCCCACCGGAGCGCAUCGCGCGGCUGCGGACGCGUUGCGGCACGCACGGCAUAUUGAUACGUGCCAGCACCAAACCCCUGGUGUCAGCACCUCCAUAUCACCACCGUCAGCACCAGCACCAGCACGGAAAUUGAGCGCCUUCAGCCACCAGCACACGCCGUCGCACUGCAGUUGGGGGAGAGGGAUUGGUGGCAAGCAGCACCAGCACCAGCAGUGACAGUGACAGCAUUGAACAGCAGUAACAGGCGGCUGCGACGUGUGGCGAGAUCACAACACAAGGGCAGUGCCAAGAACGAAGAACGAGGCUGUGAGCGCAACCGCGAUCCUUACAGGCGGUGUUGAUGUGUCAAGCAACAGCGGUAGCGGCGGGAACGAAUGCAGCGGUGACAGCGCGAACACGACGGCGCUCCCGGUCACACCAGUCAACACCACCAACAACAUCAACAACAACAACAGCAACAACAACACCAACAGCACCAACAGCAACAGCAGCAACAGCAACAGCACCAACAGCAACAACAACAACAGCAACAACAGCAGCAGCAACAAACGGCUGCUGCCGUCAGAGGGUGCGCGUGCCUCCCCACGUCCUCACCCGAACGGCCCCAAACACCACUGACCGCCACGACGAACACGGGCAGCGGCGGUGACCCGGGUGUGCUGCGGAGGCGCAAAGACAGCACACUCGCCAUACACAUGCGCCCGCUCAAGGCGUGGCAGGGGAUGGCGCUGAGCGAGGAGCACUUCUCGCGCCAGCAGCUCUCGCAGACCAUCCGUGACGGCUUUCUCCGCGACGUCUCAUACAUCCUCACACAAGUGCCGGCGACAACAGUCGAUGGCGAUGGCAACACCCCCUUGCACGACGCAGCCCGCUACGGGCAGCGCGGCAUCUGCCUGCGCCUGAUUGUUGGAGAGCACGCGAGCUACAAGGUCAAGAACAACGAUGGCAAGGUGCCACUCGACCUCGCAAAGGAAAACGGCCACGGCGACAUGUGUGUGCUGCUGCAGAAAAUGCCCAUCAGCGUGCUUUCCAUCCCCGUCCGCCACGAUCCAGCUGACACGUCGUUGUUGCCGUCGCUGUUCCGUGCGCCUCGCGCGACGCUGCGGCUGCCAUCCACGCAGUCUGCCGUGGAGAAGCUGCACCUGCUGCCGUCGCUGAAUGCGCGAACGCGGGCGGUGAGCACACCAGUGCCAGCGGCGCCGACGGCACUGGAGCCCGCGGAGGAGGCGUACGCCGCCAUCAUGCACCAGCUCAUGCGCCUCAACAUCUUCUACGAGGACGACCAGGAGAUGCUGCGCGCGUACUUCCCAAAGUUCCACCGGUUUGAGGCGCGACCAGGGGACACCAUCUUCACGGAGGGCGACGCGGCGCACGAAGGAUUCUACAUUGCACUCGCGGGUGGCUUCAAAGUGAUGCGUAAGGACUUGCAGAGCGAAGCACAAGCACAGGUUGGGUCGUUCACUGCGCCUGCGAUGUUUGGCGAGCUGGCGACCAUCUACCAGACGCGACGCCACUGCACCGUCGUCUGCACCCGUCCAGCGGAGCUCUGCCGCAUACCCGCGGUUGUGUUUGACGUGAUGGUGGAGCAGACGGCACAGCGGCUGCGAAUGACGACAACAAUCGACCGGAAAUCGCAACCGCGCGACAAGAGCCGGUCCCCGUCCACAACAUCGCGUCACGACGUCGGGCAUGAUGGUCGGCGACACAAGCUGCUCUCCUGGCUCUCCUUCAAGAAACGACCAAAGAGCACAACGCAAAGCUCCGAUUCGUCGACGCAGUCUGCUGCCACGGACGUGCCGAGCUCGUCCACAACACCAUCAACAGCAGCAGGUGCAGCCACCCUCCCGCCAGGCGUUGGUAUCCGCGGUGGUGCCGGCAGUGGUGGUGGUGGUGGCGGCGGUAAGAGGGGACGCAGUGCGUCGGCGUCAACACCGCACACGGGCGUUUCCAUGGCUGUCAUGGCAUCGUCAUCGUCGUGGAAGUCGCGGCUGCUGCACCGCGCUGGCCGCCACCGCCCGGCGAAAGGGGCCGCGGCGCGCGAACCGUCAACACCAACGGCGGCGUUUCUCACCACGACGCCAGACCACGUCGUCAAGAUCACCGAGGACGGGAGGCAAAUGAUCACGGCAGCGACGCGCGAGAUGCUGGUGACACUCGUGCUGGCGUGCUCAUACGGCGAUGACGACUCACUCGUUGUCGACUUCUUCGCCACGUUCAGGAAAUUCAUGCAGCCAGACAUGAUUGUGGAACGCAUGGAGGACUUCUUUUCGCGCGGAGACAUUGGGCAGCGCGACCGCAUCAUGCGCAUGCUCGAGUACUGGACAGACCCGCCACCCAACCAGUCGGAUCUCGAACUCGUGGCCGACCCAACCACACAGGGCAGCCUGUCCGCCCUCUUGGAAAAGUGGCGCCCGCUCGUGGGCAACGCCAAGUCGUUCCAGGUCAUUCAAGUGCAUCUCAAGCAGCUGGCGCACAUGCCGGAGCGCUUUGCUUUUACGCGAUUUGACACGGUGGGCGCGCCAACGCAGAUUCGCGUGAAGAUUACGAAACCCGGCGGCCACCGCGACGAUAUGCUCUUCACCAUCGCAGAGUCGACGUCGCUCGAGGAUGUGAAGCAGGAGGUUUGCCGCAUCACCAGCGAGCGCGCCAGCAAAUACUUUCUCAACGAGGGUGGCACCACCACCCGCUCCACCAGCGAGGGCAGGCUCCUCUUCAUGGAUCCAGGCUCCUACCACUUCCGCGCCCCGUACUUUGGCACCGAAGUCGACCCAAAGACGAAUUUGCUUGAAUCCCACAUGACCGAGAUCUUGCUCGUGCCCCUCAAGACAUACAGCUCAGGGAUGUUUACGUCGACGCACCUCGACACGGAGCGGGUGGCGGAACUGCUGACGAUGCUCGACUUUCUCGCGUACCAGCAGCUCGACCCGCGCGAGAUUCUCAGCCAGCGCUGGCGCAAACACAAGGACCAGGCCCCCGCCAUGACAGACAUCACAAACAGGUUCAACUCCGUGUGCGAUUGGAUGACGACCACGAUUUUGUCCGAGAAGGCGGCGUGGCAGCGCGCUGAAGUCAUCGAGAAGAUGAUUGCGCUUGCGGAUCGCUUCUACGAGCUGCACAACUUCCACGGCGUGGUGCAGGUCCUCUCCGCUCUUCGCACCGUCGCCGUCAAGCGCUUGAAGAAGGUGAUGAUGGUCGUAGUUUGGGGUGAUGGUAGUGGUAGAUGGUGGAAGCGGUGUGUGAGCCCCUGUCUGCCGUACAUCGGCUUCUUCCUCUCCGACAUCAUCUACAUUGAGGACGGGAACAAGGACACGCUCAAGUCCUACCAAGCCCGCGGCAUGCAGGAGCCCCUGGAGGAGGAUGACAACUUGGAGCUGAUCAACUUCUACAAGUUCCGCGCCAUCUCGCGUGUUGUUGAAGACGUGCGUGUGUACCAGCGGACUGCGUUCACCAUGGAGCACCUGCCAACAGCAUCACCUGCCAAUGUGGCGUUUGCACGGUGGUACCUGGAACAUUUCGACACCAUGAGCGAGGACCAGUGCUGGGAGAGCAGUUUGGCACUGGAGCCCCCGGCACGCAGCGAGAAACUUCAGAAACAGCCCUCCAAGGAAGGAGCGUUUAUGACGAGUCUUCACUGGCGGUCUGUCCAGGACACGGGCAUCAACCUCACCACCGUCGUCGAAUCAAACAGAGCAAAGCGCGGGCGGGGUGCGAGCAAUGCAACGCACGCGUCGUCGGGAUCAUUUACGCCCGUGCCGACAAUGCGCUUCCUCGGGUCGUUUGAGAUGCCACGCGGCGGCCGGAACGAGGCCAUCAGGCAGAUCAAGAAGGUGCUGACCAAACCGCAGCAGCUGAGCAAAUACGGGUUUGUCACCGCCGACAUCACCGACAACCAUCUUGUGCUGACAGAGCCACGCAACCACGACAUUGUGUGCUCGCGGCCCAUGAACUCGCUCUCCUUUUACAACUACGAGCCCGACCUGAAACUGCUGUAUCUCGUCACGGAGACAGAGCUGUCUGAGAUUCACUUUCUCUAUGCCGACGGCUACGAAUCAGAGGACGUCUUCUUCACCAUCCACCGUGGGGUGCAGCGGUGGGUCAAGUCGUCACGUGACGCAAGCAACAAGGCUCGCGAGGCCGCUGUUGCGAAACUUCAGGACGAGCUCAACCCAGCCCCCUCUGGUGCCUUUGUCCUCCGUGACAGCACCAGCAGACCAGGACACUACGCGCUGUCGCUCAAGUGUGAUGGUGGCAUUACGCAUUUCCUGAUUGAGUCUGUCCCCGGUGGCGUCUGCUUCAAGGACUCGGAUCUUGUCUUCCGAACCCUCCAAGACCUCAUCAUCUACCACUGCGUCCAGCCAGCCGAGCUGCCAUGCCGCCUCAACCCCGACUGCUCCGACUUUUUGACAAAGGACUGCGAGCGCAUCGCCUCCAACCAGCUGCCAGAUACGUCUGACUCUGUGCGCAGCCUUGCCAACAGCCUGUGGUACUUCCGUGGUCUCAGCCGCGACGACGCAAACGACCGUCUCAUGUCAUAUGGACUCGUCCCGGGCAUGUUCCUCGUCAGAGACAGCAGCGCUGGCCCCGGCGCGUACGCGCUGUCUGUCGUCGAUCAGAACAAAGACAUUCUGCACGUGCUCAUCCAGGACAACGGGUCCUGUUUUGAGCUCGACGGCAAACCGUGUGCACCAUCACUCGCAGAGGUGAUUGACGUGUGUAGCCAGAAGGAUCAGACCUGGCUUCCAAUUACCCUCGGCGUGCCCUGCCCACGAGUGCCGGCUGGUUCACGGGCGGAGACGGGUGAUGGUGACUCUGCAGCCGCGCGCCGCACAAGCGACACGCCAACAACCACCGCUACCACCACGUCAUCAACAACACCUGCAGCAGCUGCGGCCACCACAACACCAACGACGGCAACAACGAAGACUGAUGUGACGGCUGCAUCGGCAUCGAGCAACCGGGCGGACACGGAAGCAUCCACGCACGCGGAGGCAUCAUACGCUUCACCAACGGCGGUGGCGAUGGCGAUGAAGAACAUGCGGGAACGUGGUGACGCGGCGGCAAGCACACACCCCUCGCACCCCCAACAUGAUCGCGCGAGCAAGGAUAGUGCCAACAAUGAUGGUGGCAGUGGUAGCUGUGGUGCCGGCGAUGGUGACGAUGUUGGCGAUGGAGAGUUGGAGGGUCCAAUCAGCCGCGGGCGCCGCAGUCGCCGCUCCCACCACCAAGAUGAUGAUGACGACGAUUAUGUGGCGGAUGAUGAUGAGGGUGAUGGCGAUGACGACGAGUUUGACAUUGGAGAUGUUGAGCGCGGUUCCCUGGCCCGCCCGUCCACAGUCACGGACCUGAACGGAUACGUGCGAUCGUCGCUCUUCGCAGCGCCACAGCAAAGCAGCUCGCUGUCCUCACGGCUGUCCGCGUCCCGCCUCCCCGCCGAUGGCCGCAGCAUCCCCUCCUCUCGGGGAAGCAAGCUUGCCAUUCCCGUUGGGUUGGACAGCCGACGCGGCAGUGGAUUCAGCAGCACGCUCAGUGCGGGCUGGGACGGGGAUCGCAGUAAAGAGGUGUCCAUCUCUCCGCGCUCGGGCUCGCCCCUGACCGUCACAAACCGCUCGCACUCGCACUCGCACUCGCACUCGCGGUCGCCGCACGGGUCCUCGUCUCCAAGCGACCGGCACUACUUCAGCCUGAACGCCAACGAGAUCAGGCUAGCGGCAGAGCAGCAGAGGCAGAGCAGCAGCAGCUGUGGCCACGGCAACAGUGGCGACGGCCGCAGCCACAGCCAUCACGGCAGACGCAGCGAGAGGACAAGCGGAAGCGAUGCCGGUAAAGCUGCACAGCUCCACCGGCGACAGUCAAACAACGUCAUGUCGCCGUCUCCACUCUCCCCGCGCAAACCAACGUUGUCAGCACAGGGCGUGGCGUCAGCUGCAGAAGCAAUGGCAGCAAACCCGGAAAGGGCUGCCCACACCGCCCACUACUUCAAGGAGGAGGAUGAGGAGGACGAGCAGGCACAAGCCACACGCAUGCAACAACAACAACGCCACCAACAACACCACCACCACCACCAACAACAACAACAACAACAACAACAACAACAACAACAACAACAACAACAACAACAACAACAACAACAACAACAACAACAACAACAGCAGCAGCAGCACCCAACUUUGUUGCAGUUGCGUUCAUCGUCGGCCUCCAGCAAGAAGCGGAUUGGUGGUUUCACAUCCUCUGUGGUGUGAGACAGUUUCGAGGAUCAUCAAGAGUGGCACACGCAUGGUUGGAUUCAGACAUCCCUGGCUGGUCUCACAAGCAAACACAGUUUCUGGUAGCUUGCGGUUUCAAUUUGGCUUGCUUGUGCAAGGGCUUAUCACUCGCGUUGCUUUUCGUCUCGCUUCAUUAUGUGUCUGUCUGGCUGGUCAUGUGUACGCUGGCAGAUUUGUACAUUUGCAGUCGCUUUGCGAUGUAUCAUGUGUCAUGACAUGUUCGUCUGUGCGGCUCGUGCUAAACUGAAGAUACGGA